AUGACAAAUCCAGGCAGCCAUAAACCAUUCAAGGCACCGACUCCUCCUGUCAUUGGUAAAGUCAGUCACCAUAGCAUUGACCUGAGCUGGGAGACAGAGGAGAAUGAACCACGGACAGGCUCACCAGAGAAAUGGACCCGCUUCUCUGUAGAAGAGAUGGACCCCAAAUCACACACAUAUGGGACUAUCUAUGUUGGGUACAGCAGUCACCACACUGUAGAAAGUUUGGAGCCCAGCACGUCCUAUAAGUACAGACUGAGAAUCACAAGACCAACUGGGGAGUCCCUCUACAGCCCGGCUGUGUCUGUCUCUACCACACGUGAGCCUAUGAGUGGGAAGAACCUCCACCGUGCUGUCAACAUGAAUGAUGAGGAGGACAUGACCAGAGUGUUGGAGUCUGGGACAGUCAGUGUGAACGUCAAUGACAAACACGGUUUCACUCCUCUCAUGGUGGCUGCACAGAAAGGCUUUGCCAGACUAGUUCACAAAUUGGUAGAACACGGUGCAGACGUGAAUAUGAAGAACGGUAGUGGGAAAGACAGUCUGAUGCUGGCAUGUUUCUUUGGCCACCUGGACAUAGUGAAGUACCUGAGGAGAUUUGGGGCCACGUGGCAGUCCCAGGACAUGGGGGGCUGUACCCCCCUCCACUGGGCAGCUGACGGAGGACACCUUGCUGUCAUAGCCUACAUGAUCCAGGAUGGCUGUGAGUUGGACAUUAGGGACACCGUGUCCCACUGGACUCCUCUGAUGAGGGUGUCAGCGGUCAGUGGGAACCCAGCGGUGGCCUCUCUCCUCAUCAGAGCCGGGGCUGAUGUCAACACCAGGGACAAGGAUGGCAAGACACCACUUAUGGUGGCAGUGUUGAACAACCAUGAGGAGCUGGUGCAGCUGUUGUUGGACAGUGGGGCCGACCACGAUGUGAAGAACGAGUUUGGGUCAGGUGCAGCUGAAAUGGCAAAGGCCUUUGGAAGAGAGAAUAUCAUCAGUUUAUUAGAAGGACGGAAGAGUAUAGUCAGAGAUGGUAUAGUCCAUUAUUAAAGAGUAUAGUCAGAUGGUAUAGUCCAUUAUUAAAGGGCUUAGGUGGACAGCAUUAUUAUUCUAAUAGCUUUAUUACUGUUGUUUAUUUAUUAACAUAUUGUAUGUAUAUGCUGUAUCUUAAACCUGUAUUUUUUUCUGGAUAUUUGUUUUGUAUAACAAAACAUGUAUACAUAUACUGUAUACCGAUUUUUAAGGAUGAAUGAAAUAAUAAACCAUUAAGAAUUCCCUCAAGACCCAAAGGAUUGACUUGGUUGCGCUAUACCGUACAGAUACAGUGAGCACCAAACAUAUUGGGACAGUGAAUUUGUUGUUGUUUUGGCUCUGUACUCCAGCACCUAGGGAAAAUUCACUUACAGUACCAGUCAAAAGUUUGUACAUACAUACUCAUUCAAGUUUUUUUUUUUUCAAAGGCAUUUUUACUAUUUCCUAUAUUGUAUAAUAGUCGUGAAGACAACACUAUGAAAUAACACAUAUGGAAUCAUGUUGUAACCAAAAAAGUGUCAAACAAAUCAAAAUAUA